CGGCGCGCUGCCGCGGUGCUUCCGUCCGUCGCUCCCGCCGCGCCGCCGGACGAGCCCCCGCGGCUCCCGCCGUAGCACCGGGCCCUCCCCGUGAGCUCCCUCCCGCCGCCUUCCCCCCGCUCCUCGCCCCGGCUGCGGCAGGGCUCGACCCGGGGCCGGCAUGAAAGUCACGUCCCUCGACUGCAGGCAGCUGAGGAAGCUGCUGCGGAAGGAGCCCUCCCGCUGCCUGGUGCUGGACUGCCGGCCGUACCUGUCCUACUCGGCCUCCUGCCUCCGCGGCUCGCUCAACGUUAACCUCAACUCGGUGGUGAUGCGACGGGCCCGCGGCGGAGCCGUCCCGCUGCAUUUCGUGGUGCCCGACGCGGCGGCCCGGGCGCGGCUGCUGCCGGGCGGCGACGGGGCGGCGGGCGCCCGCCUGGCCGCCGUGGUGGUGCUGGACCAGGGCACGGGGCACUGGCAGAAGCUGAAGAAGGACAGCACGGCCCAGAUCGUCCUCAACGCCCUGCUCUCCAGCCUGCCAGAGGCCGGGGCCAGGGUCUGCUUCCUGAAAGGGGGAUACGAAACCUUUAACUCACAAUAUCCUGAGUGCUGUGAGGAUGGAAAACUCAUUUCCCCGGAGAGGACUGAGGCAGAGAGAAACCUCACCAGCCACUGUGAGAAGCAGAGUGCCAACCACAAACCUGCUUAUGACCAGGGUGGUCCAGUCGAAAUCCUGCCUUUUCUGUACCUUGGUAGUGCCUAUCAUGCUUCCAAGUGCGAGUUUCUCGCCAACCUCCACAUCACGGCCCUGCUCAACGUCUCCAGGAAAAGCUCCGAGUCCUUCAAAGACCAGUAUUGUUACAAGUGGAUCCCAGUGGAGGACAGUCACACAGCAGACAUCAGCUCACAUUUCCAGGAAGCCAUCGACUUCAUCGAUUAUGUCAGACGGACGGGGGGCAAGAUCCUGGUGCACUGCGAGGCGGGGAUCUCCCGCUCGCCCACCAUCUGCAUGGCGUACCUCAUGAAGACGAAGAAGCUCCGCCUGGAGGAAGCCUUCGAUUACAUCAAGCAGCGCCGGAGCCUCAUCUCCCCUAACUUUGGUUUCAUGGGCCAGUUGCUACAGUACGAGUUGGAGAUCUUGUCUGCCACUCCCAGCCCCCCCAUCGCCUCCUGCAAAAGAGAAGCCGCCUCUUUCUUUGCAGAAGAACUGACGUUGGGCAAAAACUUUGAAGGCUCAUGUUUUGCCUUUCCUACCUCAGUGUUGAGCUCUGUGCCCAUCCACUCGCCCGUCCACCCGCUGAAGCUCAGCCCGAUGACGGCGUCUUCAUCCUGCUGAGCCCCCAGAGCCAGUGCCGGCCUCCCGACAGAACUGUGACCCCCAACGAGAACAUUUCAUCAACGUGCAAUAGAGAAACCUCAUCGACUUAGUCUGAGAUGGAGUGGUUGUCAUGGGUCUUACUUCCCCUAUGCUGUGACUGUAAGAUGCAAGUGCUCCAAGUGUGACUUUUAUUGUCCUUUUUUUUUUUUUAAAGAGAAAAGUGCUUUUUUAGGUUUUUAUCCAGGGUGUGCACCCACUACUGUAUUUUCAGAUUCCUGGGGAGCAAUGAGAAAUCCAUUUAGUAUAUUCUCAGUUCCCAUCUCCUUCCCUUCUUCUUUUCAAAAAGAUCCUUAUUUAAAGUUCCAAGCAAUAAACAGCAGCAGCAGGGAAGAAAGCAAAAUGAAAAGCAUCACCUUUACAACUGCAGAGGUGGUGGGAGUGAUCCUUUGUUCUGCUUCUUCUCUGUCUUUCCUUCUCCUCUCCUAUGUCAUGUUUCAGGGAGCAAAGGGCUGGGAUGGUGGGAGGGAGCUCCUUUCCCAGGACACUGUUGCACAACCAGGUGAAAAUCCCCUCUCCUGCUCCAGCCUCUGAAGUGUCAGGUAUUGACCACAGUGUAACUGGAUACCAAACCAGGCCGAUCCAUUCAGGUGUGGCAUUUCCUGUGCUUCUGCAUUUGCCUUUGUACUGGAUGUGCUUUUAACUUAAGGAGGGAACUUCUUAACCCAAGCCAUCAGGGUACCCUGCUGAGCUAUUAUCCUCCCAUCUGUUAUUUAAGAACAGCCCUAGAAUACUUGAACCUCUCCACAACCCUCAUCCCAGUUCUUUCCCAUCAGAUAACACUGUAACUGCUGGAUUUUACACCAAAAAAAAACUCCUCCAAAUCCUAACAAGCUCUGCUCCAAGCCAACUCUUCCUCCAUCUCUUCCCAAGAGUCCCCAAAUCGUGUGUGGUCAAGUGGUCUUGUUCAGUGUUCCGUGGCUUGCUUCGCACCUGUGUCACCUCUAGCCAGCCUUUGUCUGGGAAAAGCGGUUUCUCUCUCGCUCGUGUUUGCUUCUGUGUCCGCAGGGAGUUCAGAAGGAGCAGCUCCCUGUCUGUUGACCUUUUUAUGAUUAUUUUUUAGUAUGUAAUAUGUAUGGGAAAUGGCAAUAAUUUCCAGGAGAUCUCGUGAAUGUGAAAGAAAACCCACAAUGGUUUUUACGGAGUGUAAAAAAAUAAUAAAGAGGGGAAAAA